AUGUCCUUUACAGAUGCCCAACUUCCCUCUGUCGCUCCAACAGGGCACGUCAGCAUAGGCGAUGCCGAAACUCCCGCUUUCAAUGCUUGCGAGCGUUGUGGCCACAGACCUGCCAUUCCUCUUCGUCAACAUGACAGUGAUAUCACUUUGCUCAGAGGCCCUCGACAGCCUACCAAAGAGUCCAGUGAUUUAGGAAAAGAAACACUAUCCCCGUCCCCACCAUCUCAGCUUGGUGGGAGUGAGAAAAGCGCCCAUACAAGAGCAGAUGACGACGCAGAUUCAGAAAGGAAGAUGCCCUCCCCAGAAUGGAUCCAAGAAGUCAAAAUCACAAGGGUUGCUCCUGAGGAAUGGCGACAAGUCAAGAAAGAGGGCAAGAUCGACCCUCGCCAGAGCGUCCUCCUUGUCUCUUCAAAAGCAUGUGUCGAGACUAAUCUUCGAAGAAAACGACCAAUUGCCGUGAAAGCGAGCGCAGCCAAAAAGACAACAGUGGAUUCAGUUGCCAAUGAAUCUAAGCAAUUGGAUGUACCGUACAGACUUGCUCUCAACUCCCCCUUCCUCCUGGAUGCCAUCGGGCAGUGCAUUGGGGUAAACCUCGCCGAGGCUCAAAAUGUUCUUGUCCGUCCAUUCAAGUAUCUGGUUUGGAAUGACAACGCAGUCGCCAGAAGAGAUGACGAGCAAUCAGAUACGGCAACAGAGGUCGUAAAGGCUACAAUCGAUCGCGCCAAACGACAAAGAGAUGAGUUUCGUUGUCUGUUAGAGUUCAUGGAUAGGGAUAUGGCGGAAAUCUUCGAAAUCAAGCGUCAGAUAUCCAACAAGACCCUGAAGGCAGUCGCCUUUGAGCAUCUAUGGCAGCUGUUUAGACCAGGCAGUGUUGCAUAUCGCUCUGUCACUGAAGACGGCAAGAUCCGAUACCAGGCCGUUCGAAUCCUUCACGUCACCGGCGGCAGAGUAUGUUUUGACUCUGGCAAGAAAUGCUCCUUCGAUCCCGUUCGCGAUCGGAAUUGGGAACCCGAGUCCGAGACCGAAGAAACGUGUCGCGAAAUCAUCAAGUCAUCUGAUCUUGAGACUACUAGUUUCCUCAUUGAUUGCUUCUAUAUAGACUUCGACGGUUUUCGGCUGGGCCCAAGACCGAAGAGGUUUGUUAUUCAGCGAUACAAGGGCACGCGCCCCAUUCAUUCACUGCCACUCUACCCUAGUCUUCUCCAUCCGGAGGAUCAUAAAAUUCAAGAAAUGCUCCUUACGAGAGGAGAACAGUUCAUUAAGCUCGCGCCGGGAGCCCACAGGAGGUACGAUGGACGUACUAUUCGAGAAUCGAAUCUAACUGCGCUACCAUUUAACAAUUUUGUGAUAAAUGAAGCGGAGGUGCAUGGUGAAGUGAUGGUCGACCAGAGGUCCGGGGUCGAACACUUCAAGAGCAGCAUGUUUAAGUGGAACCUGAAACUCGGUGGUGGCAUUCUCUUCGACCCUACCCAGUCUGACUCCCGAGAGACCUUCGAUCCAUUGCCAAAGAAGCAAGACGACAACUGGGUCACCGACGUCGUCGACGACUCGCAGUUUGAGGCAGACUGCCGGACCGACUUCCUGCAAUCUACUGAUCUGCUUUCCUUUCAAUCCCUUGGAGGACAUGUCUUUUCUGACGAGCGUCUCAAAUUGCUUCCGCAACGUCUGUAUGGGUAUUCCUUUGUCGACCACAAGUGGCUUGCACUGGAUAUAGAUUGUCUCUGUGACAUACCGCCCCGAUUUCUCACCCCAAACUUCGAGGACUUGGUGUUACCGAAUGGCCAUGGAAAACUUCUUCGGGCCUUGAUCAAGAACCAUAUCCGAUCACCCGAGCAGAGCCCCGCCGGCCUAGGCGAGAUUGCAGAAGGAUUGUCUAUGGACGUUGUCGCAGGCAAGGGGAAAGGACUUAUCAUCCUUUUUCAUGGCCCCCCAGGAGUUGGCAAGACGUCAACAGCCGAGUGUGUAGCCGCCGAGUUGAAGAGACCCCUAGUGUCAAUUACUUGCGGUAAGAUCGGCACCAACGCGAGGCAAGCAGAGCAAUCACUUGAAUCGUUCUGUACUUUGGCCCAGAAGUGGAAAUGUGUACUACUACUGGAUGAGGCCGAGAUUUUCUUGGCGAAGCGAGAGAAGGGAGAUAUUGAAAGGAACACUUUGGUUUCUGUUUUCUUGCGAGUGCUAGAGUACUAUUCAGAGAUCAUCAUCCUCACAACAAAUAGGGUCGGUGAAUUUGAUGAAGCCUUCAGGUCUCGGAUCCAUGUCAGUCUCUACUAUCCGAAACUCGACCAAUCAUCGACCAAGGAGAUCUGGGAGAAGAAUAUCUCGCGCCUAAAAGCCAUAGGCACGUAUAUCGACGUUGAAGUCGACGUUGAAGAGGACAAGAUCCGGCAAUUCGUCGACCAACACUGGGAGCUGAACAAGGGCAAGCCGUCCCGAAGAUGGAACGGCAGGCAGAUUAAAAAUGCAUUCCAAACGGCCAUAGCAAUGGCGAAGUGGGACUUUUAUGACGCUGGGCGGAGCACAGAGCUCGAACGACCUUUCCUCAAGGCUGCCCAUUUUAAGUUUGUCGCACGAACGUCUGACCAUUUCGACGACUACGUCCGCGACAUUCACGGCUUUCAGGAGGAAGAAGAUGCAUAUAGUAUUCUUGCUGGGCGAGAGGAUCUUCGCCAAGACGACGAUCCGGGGCCCUUUGCCAAGCACUUGGGGCAGGAGAGCGGUCGGGCGGGGAAACGCCUGCCGGUGCGCCGUGGAACGAAUCCGUAUCAUGCGGGCUUGGCACAGACUCGAGGGUAUGACCUUGAUGACGACCUCGAUGAGGAUGAGGGUAAUGAGGUGCGGCGAUUAGAGCUAGAAUUAGAACUAGCGAGAUUAAAGAGUCAGAAGGGUCUCAGGGCUGAAGCAACCAGAAGCUUGGUGGGGGAUGACGAUGAUGAGAUAUGGUAG